AUGGAGCUCGUCGCUGGCUGCUACGAGCAAGUCCUUUUUGGGUUUGCUGUGCAUCGGGAGCCCGAAACGAGUGGAAACGAGCAUAAAUGGACCCCUGUGGCUGACUUCACUCACCAUGCCCACACUGCCUCCUUGUCUGCGGUGGCUGCAAAUAGUCGUUUUGUCGUCACCGGGAGCAAAGAUGAAACAAUUCACAUUUACGAUAUGAAAAAGAAGAUUGAGCAUGGGGCCCUAGUGCAUCAUAAUGGCACAAUAACUUGUCUGAAAUUCUAUGGCAACAGGCACUUAAUCAGUGGAGCAGAAGAUGGAGUGAUCUGUGUCUGGGACGCAAAGAAAUGGGAAUGCCUAAAGUCUAUUAAAGCGCACAGAGGACAUGUGACCUUCCUCUCUAUUCAUCCAUCUGGCAAGUUGGCCUUGUCUGUGGGUACAGAUAAAACGUUAAGAACAUGGAAUCUUGUGGAUGGAAGGUCAGCAUUCAUAAAAAAUAUAAAACAAAAUGCUCACAUAGUUGAAUGGUCCCCAAAGGGAGAGAAAUACGUAGUUGUCACAAUGAAUAAAAUAGACGUCUACCAGCUGGACACGGCAUCUGUCAGUGGCACCAUCACAAAUGAGAAGAGAGUCUCUUCUGUCACAUUUGUGUCUGAGUCUGUCCUUGCAGUGGCAGGAGAUGAAGAAGUUGUAAGGUUGUUUGACUGUGACUCACUGGUGUGCCUCUGUGACUUUAAAGCUCAUGAAAACAGGGUGAAAGACAUACUCAAUUUUGAAAUUCCAGAGCAUCAUGUUAUUGUUACAGCCUCAAGUGAUGGGUUCCUCAAAAUGUGGAAACUUUACCAAGACAAGAAACUGCCCCCAUCUCUACUCUGUGAAGUCAACACUAAGGCCAGGCUGACCUGUCUGGGAGUGUGGUUGGACAGAACAGCAGGAACCAAGGAAAACUUUUCUCCAGCUACCAAGCCUUCUGUCAGUAAAGAAGAACUUCCCAAAGUCAACCAGAAGGAGUCAGGUGACAUAGUGCAGGAAGAAAAAAGGCAAUCAAAACCUAAGCCAAAGAAAUGCAGUUUAACUGAAGACAGUGAUAAACUCAAGAAAGAAGAUCGCCUAGUGUCACCCAAGAAGAGGAAAAUGACAACAAUGGUGGAAAAGAAGAGGAAAAAGAAGAAAACAUAA